CUCUCACUCGCGUGUAAGAAAUACGAAUCUAUCACCUCACACUCCACAUGCGGAAUCAAAUUCUUUGUACCAAGACCCAUCGUUCAUUGUUAUUCACUGCAACAGAAAUAAGAAAAGGAAAGAAAAAAAAUUCACAGUGAAGAUCUUCCAUUGUUGAGCCCUGAAAGUGGAAAAAAGGCAACCAAAAAAAGGUUCUUCAACACCCAUUAUCGCUCAAAUCAAACGAGUUGAAGAGCAAAGGAAUCUCCCCCCUUUCAAUGACAGUGAGAUGAUUUUUUGCCCCAUUUGAACUUAUUUUGCCUCUUGGAUCAAUUUCACUGCAUAAUACAACUACCCAUUUUCGGAUUUUAGGUUGGAGGUUUGAAGCAGUUUGAUCUUUUGUCUCUGUAAUUUCUUUUGCUGCUGUUGCUGUUUAUUUGAGAGGUGUGUUUUAGGAGAUCUUAUAAUGGUUUCGAGGUCUUAUUCUAACUUGUUAGAGCUUGCUUCUGGUGGUUGUUCUCCCUCUUUUGGCCUUGGCCGAGAGAAGAGGAGGCUUCCUAGAGUGGCCACUGUGGCUGGAGUAUUGUCUGAGCUUGAUGAUGAUAGCUGCAACAGCACUGGCUCAGAUGCCCCUUCGUCAGUAUCGCAAGACCGGAUGAUCAUUGUUGGGAAUCAGCUCCCUAUUCGAGCGAAUCGAAACGAGAAUGGAGAUUGGGAGUUUAGUAUGGAUGAGGAUUCACUUCUUUUACAGCUUAAAGAUGGACUUGGAGAAGAUGUGGAAGUGAUUUAUAUUGGUUGUCUCAGAGAGGAGGUUGAUCCAAGGGAGCAAGAUGAUGUUGCACAAACUCUUUUGGACCGAUUCAAGUGCGUCCCGACGUUCCUUCCUCCGGAACUUUUUAGUAAAUUUUAUCAUGGAUUCUGCAAGCAACAUUUAUGGCCACUGUUUCACUAUAUGCUUCCCCUGUCACCGGAUCUUGGUGGCCGAUUUGAUCGGUCUCUUUGGCAAGCGUAUCUUUCUGUGAAUAAGAUAUUUGCUGAUAAAGUCAUGGAAGUGAUUAGUCCUGAUGAUGACUUUGUUUGGGUUCAUGAUUACCAUUUGAUGGUUUUGCCAACGUUUUUGAGGAAGAGGUUUAACAGGGUGAAGCUUGGAUUUUUCCUGCAUAGUCCAUUUCCUUCGUCUGAGAUUUAUCGAACCCUUCCUGUCAGAGAUGAACUUCUUCGGGCACUAUUGAACUCUGAUCUUAUUGGCUUCCACACGUUUGAUUAUGCUAGGCAUUUUUUAUCUUGCUGCAGCAGAAUGCUUGGUCUGUCUUAUCAAUCUAAGCGAGGUUACAUCGGGCUUGAAUACUAUGGUCGUACUGUGAGCAUUAAGAUUCUUCCUGUCGGUAUUCAUAUAGGCCAGCUCCAAAAUGUUCUGAAUCUCCCUGAGACUGUAUCCAAAGUCGCAGAACUGCAAGAUCGGUUCAAGGGUCAAACUGUUUUGCUUGGGGUCGAUGAUAUGGACAUAUUUAAGGGGAUCAGCCUGAAACUUUUGGCAUUUGAACAAUUGCUCCGACAACAUCCUGAGAGAUGGGGUAAAGCUGUGUUAGUACAGAUUGCGAACCCUGCAAGAGGCAGAGGGAAAGAUGUACAGGAGGUUGUGGCUGAAACUACUGCGACAGUGGAUAGAAUUAAUUCAACAUUCAGAAGGCCAGGAUACGAGCCUGUGGUUUUGAUAAACACUCCCUUGCAGUUUUAUGAGCGAAUCGCUUACUAUGCAAUUGCUGAGUGCUGCCUUGUUACUGCAGUGAGAGAUGGGAUGAAUCUUAUACCUUACGAGUAUAUUAUAUGUCGGCAAGGCAAUGAGAAGCUUGACGAUGUUCUCGGGCUAAAUCCAUCAACUGCAAAGAAGGGCAUGUUAGUGUUGUCUGAGUUUAUUGGGUGUUCCCCAUCCCUCAGUGGAGCUAUUCGGGUUAACCCAUGGAAUAUUGAAGCUGUCACUGAAGCAAUGGAUUCUGCCCUGGUAAUCCCCGAGGCAGAAAAGCAAUUGCGACAUGAAAAGCAUUAUAGGUAUGUUAGUACACAUGAUGUUGCAUAUUGGGCACGCAGCUUUUUGCAGGAUCUAGGCAGGGCCUGUAGAGACCAUUCAAUGAGGAGGUGCUGGGGUAUAGGUUUUGGUUUAGGAUUUCGAGUUAUUGCGCUGGAUCCAGAUUUUAGGAAGCUUUCAGUUGAUCAUAUUGUUUCAGUGUAUAAGAGAACGUGCCACCGAGCAAUUUUGUUAGAUUAUGAUGGUAUCAUGAUGCUUCCCGGAUCAAUUAGCAUGAAUCCAACUUCAGAAGCCCUUGGAAUCUUGAACAAUUUGUGUAAAGAUCCUAAAAAUGUUGUGUUCCUUGUUAGUGGAAAGGACCGCAAAACUCUGACCGAAUGGUUUUCACCUUGUGAAAAGCUUGGACUAGCUGCAGAACAUGGUUUUUAUCUCAGGCCAAAUCAUACUGCAGAUUGGGAGACAUGUGUAGCUGUGACCGAUUUCGACUGGAAACAGAUUGCAGAACCUGUUAUGCAAUUGUAUACCGAGACAACUGAUGGCUCUACAAUCGAAACUAGAGAGAGUGCACUUGUUUGGAACUACCUUUAUGCGGAUCCCGAUUUCGGGUCGUGCCAGGCCAAGGAACUUCUAGAUCACCUGGAAAGUGUUCUUGCCAAUGAGCCAGUUUCUGUCAAGAGUGGCCAACACAUUGUAGAAGUCAAACCUCAGGGUGUAAACAAGGGCAUUGUAGCAGAAUAUCUCUUGCAAACAAUGAGGGAGAAGGGAAUGCUUCCUGAUUUUGUUCUAUGCAUUGGAGACGACAGGUCAGACGAGGAUAUGUUCGAGGUGAUAAUGAAUGCAAAAGCCACCCUUUCUCCUGGUGCCGAAGUGUUCGGUUGCACCGUUGGCCAGAAACCGAGCAAGGCCAGGUAUUAUUUGGAAGACACACAUGAAAUCUUGAGAAUGUUACAAGGUCUUACCCAUGCAUCCGAGCACGCGACUAGAGCUGCUCCGCAGACGACGGCUCGUAGAGUGGUAAUUGCAGAGAGUAAAUAAGUAGGAAUCUCCACCAAUUCUCUCCUCAAAACCUGAAAAGGGUCUUUGUUAUUGGGUGUGUAUAUGAAGUUGACUUUGUGCAAAAGUCUGUUAUUGCUAUUUUGAGGGGUCUGUGAAAGGAUCAAAUAUUUUGAUGUUUUAUUAUUGGUGCAAUUCUUCUGUCCAUGGCCAUUUGAGUUAGGAGAAAACUGAAUAUUUCUGCUGUUGUUGCAUUAAUGUAUGUAGUUUUGACUGUGCUAAUGGGUGGAAUAGUGUAAUGCAUUUAUCUGUUUCUUCUCAA